CGUUUUUUCUGUUCACUGUCUGUGCCAGCAGGAUAGAGUGUGAUUUUAUUUCCUUUUAUUAUUAUUAUUAUUAUUGUUGUUUUUUUUUUCUGUAAUUGUAAAGCCAGAGACAGACGGGAAUCCACUCAAUUCUUAUUGAGACAAGCUGAGCAGGCUUUAUAAGCUUUAAAACAUGUCGUUGGCGGAUGAGUUGCUCGCUGACCUGGAGGAGGCAGCUGAGGAAGAAGAGGAGACUCUAAUAGGUGAAGAUGAUUUGGAAAUGAUUGAAGAGGUGGAGGAGGAGAUGCAGCUUGACACGAAUGCAGAAUCUGUGAAGAGUAUAGCCAAGCUAUGGGAUAGCAAGCAGUUUGCAGAAAUAUUGGAGAAAAUUGACGUAUAUGUGAAAAAGCAACCAGACACAUCUGAAGUAAUGGGUCCUGUGGAAGCUGCUCCAGAAUAUAAAGUUAUUGUCGAUGCAAACAAUCUGACUGUCGAGAUUGAGAACGAACUUAAUAUUAUUCAUAAAUUUAUCAGAGACAAAUAUUCAAAAAGGUUUCCAGAACUGGAGUCAUUGGUUCCAAAUGCUUUGGAUUACAUAAGAACAGUAAAGGAACUUGGAAAUAGUCUGGACAAAUGCAAAAACAACGAGAAUCUGCAGCAAAUCCUGACCAAUGCCACUAUAAUGGUUGUGAGUGUGACUGCUUCCACCACCCAAGGGCAACAACUGACAGACGACGAACUAGAUCGCAUUGAGGAAGCGUGUGAUAUGGCUCUGGAGUUAAAUCAGUCCAAGCACAGAAUCUACGAGUAUGUGGAGUCACGGAUGUCCUUCAUUGCCCCCAAUCUCUCCAUCAUUGUAGGGGCCUCCACUGCAGCCAAAAUAAUGGGGAUUGCUGGUGGUUUAACAAAUCUCUCAAAAAUGCCCGCGUGUAACGUCAUGCUUUUGGGAGCUCAAAGAAAGACCUUAUCUGGCUUCUCCAGCACCUCUGUGCUUCCACAUACAGGCUAUAUCUAUCACAGUGACAUUGUGCAAUCCUUGCCCUCCGACUUGCAUCGAAAGGCAGCAAGAUUGGUUUCAGCCAAAUGCACAUUAGCAUCACGUGUAGACAGCUUUCAUGAGAAUCCUGAAGGAAAGGUUGGUUAUGACCUAAAGGAAGAGAUUGAAAGGAAGUUUGACAAAUGGCAAGAACCUCCUCCAGUCAAACAAGUGAAGCCUCUUCCUGCGCCCCUUGAUGGGCAAAGGAAAAAACGUGGAGGACGCAGGUACAGAAAAAUGAAAGAACGUCUUGGGCUGACAGAAAUUCGUAAACAAGCCAACCGAAUGAGUUUCGGCGAGAUUGAGGAAGAUGCAUAUCAGGAAGAUCUGGGCUUCAGUUUAGGACAUCUUGGGAAAUCUGGCAGUGGAAGAAUUCGACAGGCCCAAGUCAAUGAAGCUACUAAGGCCAGGAUCUCCAAAACAUUACAGCGCACAUUGCAAAAACAAAGUGUGGUUUAUGGAGGAAAAUCUACGAUAAGGGACAGAUCGUCUGGUACUGCGUCCAGUGUAGCCUUCACACCACUUCAGGGUCUGGAGAUUGUCAAUCCUCAGGCUGCAGAGAAGAAAGUGGCAGAGGCAAACCAAAAAUAUUUUUCCAGCAUGGCAGAAUUUCUCAAAGUGAAGAAUGAGAAAAGUGGAACUAUGACAAAUUGAACCAAAUUCAUCUUUCGGAUUGGGUGGACUGUAGUUGUGAAACUAUCGAAAUGUCGGUAUUGUACAUGGGUAUUGAUGUCGCUCUAAAACAAAAGGAUUUACAGUUAUCACUUCAACCAAAAAUAUAUGCUGGUUCCGUUACACCCAAGGGAUUUGUGAGAUGUCUGAGAGAGAAGGGCAUCUAAAUCCAUCCAUUGGAUCUUUGUAAAGUGUUUAGUAUAGCACAAAGGAACAAUUUUUUUUUUUUUUUAAUUAUCUGAAGAGUCUAGAGGCAUAUCUAGUGUCACGUUUGCAGUAGCAUACUUUUAAUGCAAGAUACAUACUAUGAAAGUAUAUCUUAUUAAUACAAGUCCAGUUUUGUUGAAUGAUGUGUGCAAUGU